AUGACAUCUCAUGCUGGACGGAAACGGAAUCGGAUCAAAGGCAAAAUGCUAAAUACUCUUCUUGGUUACACAGUGCAGAGACUAAAAGAAAAGACACGAGAAUUGCACAAAAUUGGACACCGAGAUGAGGAAUUGAGUUUCAAAAGGUUUGUCUACAGACCCAUGGAUCUGAACACAAUGGAACAAUACGUACAGCAUCAGAAAUAUCGUUGUGUGGAAGAAUUGGUUGCAGAUGCGCACAAUAUUGUGCAUAAUGUAUUUUUAAUGUAUGGAGAGGAACAUGGGAUGACAGAAUUGGCAACAAUUAUGAUAAAAGACUGUAAAUAUGAUAUUGAUGAGAUCCGCCAGUGUUGGAACUGUUACUUUAUGUCAAAUUCCAAACCCUCCAACUGGUUCUGUCGACCUUGUAAUCCACCACACAAACUGGUUUAUGCCAAAUUGAAAGGCUUCAGUUACUGGCCGGCAAAAGUAAUCAGAAUUUCAGAAGAUGAGAAAUAUGAUUCUGUAACCUUAAAACGGACACGAGGGUUCAUAAAGGCCUGUGAGGAACUGAAGAUCCAUCGUCAGUUCCUGGAAGAACAGGAUGAUAUGAGCAGCAAUGGCGCUGAGAGUGAAGUAGAAAACAAUUCAGAAGAAGAGGAAGCGGAAGAGGGUGAAGAAGAAGAGGAAGCAGCGGAGGGAGAAGAAGAAGAGGAAGAAGAAGAGGAGGAGGAGGAAGAAGAAGAGGAGGAGGAAGAAGAGGAUGAUGAUGAAGAGGAGGAAGAGGAAGAUGAUAUAGAAACUAGGGAGGUUACAUCAACCAGUGUCGUGCCACCAAAACACAUUUCAAAGCUGAAGACUAAGGUCUCCAAUCCAGAGAAUGUCAACGUGGUAUCCUCCAGUGUGGACAAGAUCUCCAGUCCCAGCCCAAUGUCCAAGGUCAUGUGCAAACACACCGCUUGUCAGGCAUUUCCAACCCUGUCCAACAAGUCAACCCAGACAGACACAAACAGUACAAAGGAUUGUCGGUGUGAAGAGAAAUUUAGUUCCAUGUUUAGUGAAUUUGAAGAGAAGAUGGAAAAUGACCACAAAAAAGCUAGAGACCAGGAACUCAAGGAACUUGCCGAGCGCCUCCAAAAAGACUUUGAGGAUGAUAAGCAGCAGGCUGUGGCUCGUGCCCUCUCUAAUAUGCAACGGGAAAUUGAGAGGGUGCGCAGGCAAACAACAGAACGCAGUAAGGAGCAAUGUAUGGAUGAGAUGAAGAAGUUGGCACAGAAGCACAAAGAAAAUAUCUCUUAUAUAAAGAAAAAGCAAUGGUGUUUUUAUUGUGAAGAGGAAGCAAUUGAAACGUUAAAUGGAAGAAAAGAAUCACUGAUCAGAAAGCAAGAAUUCGUUCCGGCACAUUCACCUCCAUCUCCUCAAAAACAAACAAAACUUGCAAAAAGCUAUGUAUUCAGUCCUAAAUUCUUAAUAUAA